AUGAGAGAUUCAAAUACUCACCAUGUAUCAACUAACAUACCAUCGGCUAGAUUGAUGACCCAGAAAACAUUAUCAAAUGAUAAACGACCAAUUGUAACAACAUCUUCACGUAUUACCCAUCCUGAUCCGAUAGAUUAUAUUGCAUUGGAUACAUUUCGAAGAGAAACUAUACACAAAGAAGAAGAAGCACAUCGAGUAUGGAAAGCAAAAUUUGAUCCAUGGUUAAUUGACGAAUAUCGAGAAAUGUAUGUAAAUAGAGCAAAACUACGUGGUGUACCUCCGAAAAAUUCUCUUAUUUCACUCAAACGCUCUGAAUGGCAACAACCUGUUGAUACGUUGCCACCGAUACAUAAACGUCUGCCUGGUCAACGACGUCGACGUGUAUUAGGAUCAUUUCCUCAAACUGAAAGUGACAAAAUUGGAUGGCGACUCUUACCAGAACAUGCUAUUGAUAAAUAUGGUUCAAAAACGGCACACAUUCCUCCAUUACCACAACAAUACAAAUUUUCUAGUUGGCCUGUUGAGAGUUUUUAUUAA